GCUGAGAGAACAGCGUGUUGCAUGGCGUGUGUGUAUGUGCGUGCGUUCGCGGGGGUAGGGUACUCGGUCCUCAGCAUUUGCCUGUGAUCAGAAGAAAACAGGAUGUGCCCGUAGCUGGAGGAGUGACAAUGCUAGCCGAGUGGGGCUCACCUGCUGGUGAUCUUUGCAGAAGCAUUUGAGGAUUAUUCAGCUCCAGAAGGUUUGUGCAAGGAAUGCUAUCUCUGCCGUGGCUGAAAAUAGGAGGUGCCUACCCCUACCCGUCUUGAUUAUUGCCACCAAAAGGACCCCUUUGCCGCCACUGUAGGAAGAAGCAAUAGCUACUGCUGACAAGGUUAUGAGGAUUAUGAUAACAUGUGCAGCUCUGCAUAGCUGUCCACUCAGAGAUGAUGGUGACUUCUUAGAGAAUACACGCAAACUCCUGGUUAACCAUCAACAUAGUGCUCCUUCUAUCCAAGAGAUUCGAUAACUGCUUUUCACCAGCUCUCCGAUUUUGUUCCAUCAUGUUGUCUCUACCAGCCUAAACCAUUUCCUAAAAUGGUCCUUUUUCUGUUCCUUGCAAUCCUGUUAUUGAAGGAAGAUGUCUGUGGGAACUUUGGAAUUCUGGUUUCAGCACAGGCCAAUGAGAGAAGGGUGGUUGCACACAUGCCUGGUGAUAUUAUCAUUGGAGCUCUGUUCUCUGUCCACCAUCAACCAACUGUUGACAAGGUUCAUGAGAGGAAAUGUGGAGAGGUAAGAGAGCAGUAUGGCAUUCAGAGAGUGGAGGCGAUGCUACAUACCCUUGACAGAAUUAAUUUGGACCCUACACUGUUGCCAAAUAUAACGCUAGGAUGUGAAAUAAGGGACUCCUGCUGGCAUUCUGCUGUGGCUCUGGAGCAGAGCAUCGAGUUUAUAAGGGACUCUCUUAUUUCAUCAGAAGAAGAGGAAGGGAUGGUGCGAUGUGUGGAUGGAUCAUCAUCAUCUUUCCGCUCCAAGAAACCCAUUGUUGGUGUCAUUGGACCUGGCUCUAGCUCAGUUGCUAUCCAAGUCCAGAACUUGUUGCAGCUUUUCAAUAUACCUCAGAUUGCUUACUCUGCCACAAGCAUGGACCUAAGUGACAAAACUCUGUUCAAGUAUUUUAUGAGAGUGGUGCCAUCUGAUGCCCAGCAAGCACGGGCAAUGGUGGACAUUGUAAAGCGCUAUAACUGGACCUAUGUUUCAGCUGUACAUACUGAAGGAUCUCACCUGGUCGCCUCUGCUCAAACAAACAAAUGCCGAAUGGAAGGCUCAAAAUACGAUCUGGGAAUGAAAAAUGUUAUUAAGAGACUGAGUAGUGGUGACGAUGUUGCUGAACAGCAGCAGAUGCUGCUGGCUUUAUUACAACCAAUAGAAAGCAGAUUGUCCUUCCCACACACUGAGCCUGGAAAUGGCACAGUUCCUGUCCCUGUCCCUGGGGUGCACCUCUUCAGUCAGGGAGGGAUCUAUCAAGUUGAUGAGAUGGGAAAUCUUCCAGGAAACAAGGAUUCACUGCACAGUGCCUUCUGGGUCAGUGGAGUUUUAUGA